ACUAUCAUUUGUACAAUACGACAAUGGGUGAAUUUGCUCCUUUAAAAAACGACUUGAUUCUUAGAGCUGCCAGAGGUGAAAAGGUCGAAAGACCACCAAUAUGGAUCAUGAGACAAGCUGGAAGAUAUCUACCAGAAUACCAUGAAGUUAAAGGAAAGAGAGAUUUCUUCGAGACUUGCAGAGACGCCGAAAUCGCCAGUGAAAUCACCAUCCAGCCAAUAAACCACUUCAACGGGUUGAUUGACGCAGCCAUUAUUUUCAGUGAUAUCUUGGUGGUACCCCAGGUUAUGGGGUUCGACAUUGAAAUGGUUGAAGGUAAAGGUCCUGUGUUUGUUGAUCCAUUAAGGACCCCAGCCGACUUGGCCAGAGUCAACUACAAGCCGGACGUAUUGAAAGGCUUGGAUUGGGCAUUUAAAUCCAUUACUUUAACAAGAAAGAAGUUGGAGGGAAGAGUUCCAUUACUCGGAUUCUGUGGGUCUCCUUGGACUUUGUUGGUGUACAUGGUAGAAGGACAAGGGUCAAAGAUGUACCGGUUUGUCAAGCAAUGGAUCUACGAGUACGUGGAAGAGUCCCAUAAAUUGUUACAGGCGAUUACUGACUGUUGCGUUGAGUUUUUGGCGCAACAGAUUGUUGCAGGUGCCCAAAUGAUCCAGGUAUUUGAUUCUUGGGCCGGAGAAUUAGGUCCUGCUGAGUUUGCCGAAUUCUCAUUGCCUUACUUGAAGCAAAUCGCCGAAAAGCUCCCAAUCAGAUUGGUUGAGUUGGGUGUACAAGAGAAGAUUCCCAUGACGGUAUUUCCAAAAGGUGCGUGGUAUGCUUUGGAUGAGCUUUGUGAUAUUGGAUACGAUGCCAUCUCUUUGGAUUGGUUAUACGACCCAGAGGAUGCUGUUAAGGUUGUAAAUGGAAGAAGGAUAACCUUGCAAGGAAACUUGGAUCCGGGUGUUAUGUACGGGUCUGAAAAGACGAUUAGUAAAAAGGUUGAGAAGAUGAUCCAAGGAUUUGGGGGUGGUAAACAGAACUACAUUAUUAACUUUGGACAUGGGACUCAUCCGUUCAUGGAGCCUGCCAAAAUUGAGCAUUUCUUGAAAGAAUGCCAUAGAUUUGGUAGCCAAUAGUGUGACUCGCUCAUAGGGUUGGGUUAUAUAUAAUGACUAACAUGUGUAAUUGUACAUAGAUAAUCAAAUGUCUGCGAAAAUCCAAGCAGAGAAUUUCCUUGAGUCAUAUUCAAUAAUGUCUGGAAAGAACAUACCCAAGAACAGUUUGUACGUGUUUAGUCUUUCACAGGAACUAGUGGAAAGCCUUGAGCUUGUAAAGUUCGAUGUGUCUGAACAGCAUAACUUGGAGACCGCACCAAAGGCUUUGAAAGUCCAGAGACUCCGUGAUGAUGAUGAUGAUGAUCUCACCAAGUACAACCAAAAGAGAGAGGCAAAAGGGUUGAGUAGACUAACUGAGGACGAGUUUGACAGAUUAUUGGAACAAGGAUCUGUCGAGAGUAUCUCAGGUUCUGAUACUGAUUCUUCCAGUGAUUCAGAAGAUGAGGAUGAUGCUCUCUAUAAGCGUCUUACAGAAACAAAGAUAUCGGAAGCGAUUAUUGAUGAAACUUCCAACGCCUCACACUUGAACUCGAAGUCUUCAUCCAUAUUCUUCAAGUCCCUGAUGCUUUCAGGUGACAAACAUCUUGGAGCUUUCAAAGCAUUGUUUUCACCAAAGGAAAUGAUGGACCCAAUCACAUCUUUAAAGACAUGGUCAGAUCUACAGGAUACCGGCAAGUCUGCACUUUUCAUGAUGGGAGGAGGGCAUUUCGCUGGUGCCAUUAUUUCCCACAGAAGGAAGAACAUAAAGGGAAAUGCAGUGAAUCAUAAGCUUUCUGUUGAAGAACAAAAAGUUGAAAUCAUAAAGUCCAAGACUUUUCAUCGGUAUACCACCAGAAGAAAACAAGGUGGAUCACAGAGUGCAAAUGACAAUGCGAAGGGAAAUGCCAAAUCUGUUGGGUCCAGUAUCCGUAGAUACAUGGAACAAGCUCUUAUACAAGAGAUCCGAGAUUUGCUCAAGCUGUGGGAAAGUGACUUAAACCAGUGUAAAUCCAUAUUCAUAAGAGCCAAUGCUUCACAAGGGAAGAAAACUUUGGUGGGAUAUGAAGGUGCGGUUAUCAAACAAGGUGAUGUCAGAAUCAAAAGUUUCCCUUUCACAACCAAGAGAGCUACCACUUCUGAAUUGAAGAGAGCCUGGACACAGUUGGCAUAUUUGAGCAUUACAGAUGCAGUCAAAGAAGACAAACUGUUGAAGGAAAGACUCCUAAAACAACAGGAAAACCUUAUCAAAUCCACACAGCAGAAGCAACACACCAAGGAGCAAGAAAUUACGGAAUCAGAUAAACAAACGGUCGACUUGUUAGGGUUUGCAAAGAGGCAGAAAGCUCCAAUGUUGAUUAACUUCUUGAAGAAACAUAACCUCUCUCCAAAUUUGGAGUUGACCCCAACUUCCCAGUAUGUACUUACACCAACCUUGUUGCAUUUUGCUGCUGCAAAUGGUUUGACGCAUAUUGUUCAAGUUCUAUUGGUGAAUUUAAAGGCAGACCCUACACUUAAAAGUACACUGGGAAAAGUUGCAGCCGAGUUGAGUUCCAAUAAACAGACAAGGCUGAUUUUUCAAUUGGCUCGACACAAGUUGGGUGACGACUAUUGUGACUGGGAUGCAGCCAAGGUGGGGGAUGCUAUGACGAAAGAGCAGAUAGAAAAAGAAGAGCAAGAGGAGAAUGAAAAAAUUAGAUUAGAAAAACAGAGACAGAUCCAAGAGCAAUUAGAUUUGAAGACUGAGAUGGAGUUGAAAAAACCCACAUUCUCUAGCGGGGGGCAGUUGGGAGGAGUAUCUUUACUUUCCAGUACCAGUGGAUUAAACGAAGACCAAAAAUCGAGAGUUUUGAGAGAGCAAAGAGCUCGAGCAGCCGAAGCCAGAAUGAAGAAGUUUGAGGCUUAAUAUAUGCAUAUUUAUAUUUAUUGCAGAGGUUCGUAAUCCGACUCAUAGAAGAUUGGCGAAGACUUAUUCAAAGGGUCUGGUGAAAAGUGGUCGACUUCUGGUGUAGCAGAUUCAACCGAAUUCUCUUUGGAGCUAUCUUCAAGUAACGGGCCUUUGCCGACCGGAUUAGAAACCUUAGUAAAUACAUAACUAAUAGCUGUAUUGCUCUUCGUCUUCUUUAUAAUUGUUUGAACAAUAUCGUCAGGACAAUUGAAAGCAUUGAUCUUAGGAUCGUGAUGCUUGUAAUCAGAUAAUGCAUUUUUGAAGGAUUGCUUCUUUCUAGACCCAGCCUGAUCCAUUUGACUAUAGUUCAAUGCUGAAACCCACCCACCAUCCAGAAGUGAAGAUGAUCUCACUGCUGAUUGUUGGGCAUCUUCAUUAUCAGCUUCUGAGGUAAGAAUAUCGGAGACUUCUGGUUCUAGCUGUUGUGUAUCUCCCUGUCCUCCACAAUCACAUUCCAAAAGAUCGUGAGUAUUGCAAUUGGUGUACUCAUGAACAGUGAAAAGAUCUUUCAAGUCAUUC